CCGCCCGGUUAUAACGGGGGAGGAGGGUGGCCUCAGCACGGGCGGCCAUGGGCGACGCCCUCAGGGCCCUGGCGGCCUGCGUCCCCGCCGACUGCUGCCGGGGCUCCGGGGCCAGAGACCCGCGGGACAUGCCGCCCGACAAGACGGUGGACCUGAGCGGCCGGCAGCUCCGCCGCCUCCCGGCGCACGUGUGCUCCUUCCGGGAGCUGGCCAAGCUCUACCUGAGCGACAACCGCCUCAGCAGCCUGCCCCCCGAGCUGGCGCAGCUGCAGAACCUGCAGAUCCUGGCCCUGGAUUUCAACGACUUCAAGGCUCUGCCCCAAGCGGUGUGUACGCUGCAGCAGCUCUGCAUCCUCUACCUGGGCAACAACAAGCUCUGCGGCCUGCCCGCCGAGCUGAGCCGGCUGCAGAGCCUCCGCACCCUGUGGAUCGAGGCCAACUGCCUGGGCCGGCUGCCCGACGUGGUGUGCGAGCUGGCGGUCCUCAGGACCCUGCACGCCGGCUCCAACGGCCUGCGCGGCCUGCCGGGCCGGCUGCAGCGCCUGCGGGAGCUGCGGACCAUCUGGCUCUCGGGCAACCUGCUCACCGACUUCCCCGCCGUGCUGCUGCACAUGCCCUUCCUGGAGGUCAUCGACGUGGACAGGAACAGCAUCCGUCACUUCCCCAGCCUGGCCCACCUGUCCGGCCUGAAGCUGGUCAUCUACGACCACAACCCUUGCAGGAACGCGCCCAGGGUGGCCAAAGGUGUGCGCCGCGUGGGGAGGUGGGCCGAGGAGACGCCGGAGCCCGACCCGAGGAAGGCCAGACGCUACGCCUUGACCCAGGAGGACAGCCAGGAGGGAGAGGCACCUGUCCUGCCAUCUCUGCUGCUUUCUCCUGGCUCCUGACAGGCUUCCAUGUGGGUCAAGGCCAAGGACGGAGGUCCAGGCACCUUCCCGAGACCUCCAUGUGGGGCGCAGGGGCUUGCUCUGGGCCGCGGGGGGCCUCUGCCAGCAGGGGCGGAGGAAAGGCCUCAACUGCACCAAGGAGUGGACGUUUGUGAGCAACAGCUGCGUGCUACGGGGAGCAGAACUUCUCUGCAAGAAAGUCGGCCUGGCCAAACAGGUAUCGUGGGACACUGAAGAGCAAGAAGGCCUGGGACGUCUUGUCCUCCGCUGUCCAGAAGCGGCAGGUCACGAAGCUCAUGAACUCCUCAAAGAAGGUAUUUAUUAGGGAUUCACCGGAGUUCUGGUGGCCCUGCUCCAGCCCCUCUGCGGGUUAUACUGGGUUUCUAUGAAUGGCCAAAUGUGAUCUGAAAGUAUUACCAAUUCAGGCCAUGUACGAAGGACGCCUGUACAGUCAGGCUGACGGAGCUUCUCCCCGGCCGUUCAGUGACCGCGAAGACCCUGAUGAAAAGGCCUCCUGGUGGUCGGGCUGCCACUUGCCACUUGCCGGCGGCGCAUACUGAUUUAGCUUGCUCUCCCUCCGGGGCCUGGCCCGAGGUCUGCCCUCCAAUGCUUACUGUUCCUACAAUGCCAGGAAGCCUGCAGAAAGCAGAAGGCCUCAGUGGCAGCAUGGUCCCGCUAUGAUCAAACCUGCUGUGACCUGCCUGCCUCCGUAGAGCAGAGGCCCCUGCUUCACGUUAACGAAGCCGAGCUGAGCUGAAUCCCUUCGUGUAGGGAAACCACAUUUCCAGAACCGUAUUAGGAUAAAGGUAGUAGGUGAAAAAGGUCUACUUGAAAUGAGCGUCUGGAAAUCGGAGUUGCGGGUUGUGGUGUACACAGGGCGCUUCUGCCUCCAGCCUCAAGCCUCCCAACCUUUGUUGUGAUUUGGUUUGAUUUUCAUAGAUUGGGUCUUUUGAUGGUCAGUGUAGAGCUUAGAUAUUUUGGCCAUGUUUUUAAAUGUGUAAAUUAACGACCUUUUCCUCUUUCCACAAAUACAUCAACCUUCAAUAUACUGCUGUCGGCGGGUGAUUUAGUAAUACAGUCCUUUAUGACCUUGGACCUUUCCGCCAGGGACACAAAACAUGUCAUCAUAACUAAAACAAUGUGUGUGUAGCUUUUAUUUUGUGUGUGUGUGUAGCUUUUACAGUUACUUUUGCCAUAAAGCAUCUUAAUCCAGCAAAGUUUGGUUCUAAAAUGACACUGUAAGCAGACUAUUUUCGUAUGCUUUCCUACUAUAAAUACUUCUUGCUAAACCAGAGGAAGAAACAGUUCCUUAUCACAAUCUCUACUGCUACCUCCCAGUCUGUGGAGUACCUGCAACCCAGCGAUUAGACUGCCAACAGGUCCCUUUAAUCAUGGAUGUAAUAGGUUGUCAAAUAGUUAACUCCUUUAGUAACGACUCCAGAUUCCCAUUAGGCAGCCAGGAUUUAUAGUUUCUUUUCGCAAGCCUGACUGGAAAGAAACUGCACUCGGUUGAUGCUAGGAACCUUAUGCCAACAGAACUGCCUUCUGAGCUGUAUCUACACUCAGCUUUAUAGAUGGAUUGGACUUUUUUUGACCCUGUCUUCCUCUUCCCAAGAUUAAUAACGGGUCCACCUUUUCCCACACACCGAUAAGCUACAGCCAUGAAACAGAGUGAAGCCAACUAAGCUAAGUGGUCUGAAUCAAAUGUCAAAUUAUAAACAUGUGGCACACAGUCAAGGGGUUUUCUAAAAUAAUAUGGAACAAACAUUUCUCAAACAAUAAAGUGUUCACCACUGA